AAGUUCCGCGUUGUGAGGCGCAUUUAAGUCCCGCCGCGCUUCCUGCUGCUCGACUCUGCCAGAGCCGGAGGAGCUGAGCCAUCUGCAGCCAUGUCAGACCGAGGAGGCUUCGACACCAACGUGGUCACCGUGACCCGGUUCGUCCUGGAGGAGGGCAGGAGGGCCAAAGGCACCGGGGAGCUCACCACGCUGCUCAACUCGCUGUGCACGGCGGUGAAGGCCAUCUCCACCGCCGUGCGCAAAGCAGGCAUCGCGCAUCUUUAUGGCAUCGCCGGCAACACCAAUGUGACAGGCGACCAGGUGAAGAAGCUGGACAUCCUCUCCAACGACCUGGUGAUCAACAUGCUCAAGUCGUCCUUCACCUCCUGCGUGCUGGUGUCCGAGGAGGACGAGCACGCCAUCAUCAUCGAGCCGGAGAAAAGGGGCAAAUACAUUGUGUGCUUUGACCCUUUGGAUGGAUCCUCCAACAUCGACUGCCUCGUCUCCAUCGGCACCAUCUUUGCCAUCUACAGAAAGACCACAGAGGGCGAGCCGAGCGAGAGGGACGCCCUGCAGCCCGGCCGGGACCUGGUGGCUGCCGGCUAUGCCCUGUACGGCAGCGCCACCAUGCUGGUGCUCUCCACCGGCCAGGGAGUCAACUGCUUCAUGCUGGACCCUUCGAUCGGUGAGUUCAUCCUGGUCAACCGAGACGUGAGGAUCAAGAAGCGAGGCAAGAUCUUCAGUCUGAACGAAGGCUACGCCAAGUACUUCGACCCGGACAUCACCGAGUAUCUGCAGAAGAAGAAGUUCCCUCAGGACGGCAGCGAGCCCUACAACGCCCGCUACGUCGGCUCCAUGGUGGCGGACGUCCACCGGACGCUGAUGUACGGAGGAAUCUUCCUGUACCCGGCCAACGUCAAGAGCCCCAAAGGAAAGCUGCGGCUGCUGUACGAGGGCAACCCCAUGGCCUUCAUCAUGGAGCAGGCGGGCGGCAUGGCCACCACGGGCACCCAGCGCAUCCUGGACAUCGAGCCGGUCGACAUCCACCAGCGCACCCCCGUGGUCAUGGGCUCCCCCGACGACGUGCUCGACUACAUCGCCAUCUACAAGAAACACGCCAAGAAGUGAGCGUCACCGCCUGCUGAAAACCUCGUAUCUCCAAAUUGUCGACUUUUCAGGAACCGAGAAGAAGGAGCGAUAUCCGCCGGAGAGGGAAAGAGUUUCACAAGGCCAAGAGACCGGAGACUUUUCUCAACGUGAACAUGCAAAAAAAAAAAAAAAAAAAAACAUUUGGAGUUACGACAUUUUUCAUUGCAAUAAUAUCAGUAUACACAUUCCACUGUAGAGAAAGCUGUGUUUACACUGUGCAGGGCGAGGAGCCAAGACAACUGUGACCCAUAAGCUAGACAGAAAUAUUUCUGCAACCUAAAAGACCAAAGAUGUGCCAAAAAAAAA